GUUCCUGUAAUUGAAUGUUAUUUUCCGGUUCAGUAUGGAGGGAGAGGCCGCGGUGAGGAGAACUAAACCCUCGGUGAAUAACAGUCACGGUAAGCAGCAGCAGGACGGAGGGGAGCAGGACGGUUAUGAGGAGAGGAAGAAGCGGAGCGCUGAGGCGGGCCGGUCAGCUCUGAGUGAGGGGCUCGUGAGCGCGCUCGUGCUCGCCUUCAUCCUCGCGCUCUGGGCUUCGGUUCAUCUCUCAUUAAAACAGCUGCUGGUAGGAGAACAUGCUGAGGAUCACUUUAACUCAUCCAGAGCCAGGAACCACUUGGAGCGCAUCGCUAACAUCGGUCCUCGUCCUGCUGGAAGCGUCAAGAACGAUGUCAUCACUGUGAACUUCCUGUUAGAGCAGGUUAAAUGGAUUCAAGCCGAAAGCGCCGCUGGACCCAACACCAUUACGGUCGAGACGCACAGACACAGCGGCACUUUCAGCAUCGACUUUUUGGGAGGAUUCACCAGCUGCUAUGAUGAAAUCACAAACAUCGCUGUACGAAUUGAGCCCAGAGUCGGAGCUCAGCACUUUGUACUGGCCAACUGCCAUUUCGACAGUGUGCCCCACAGUCCAGGGGCAAGUGACGAUGCUGUAAGCUGCGCAGUGAUGCUGGAGGUGCUGCACUCAUUAUCAAAUCUCUCAACCCCUCUGAAACACGGAGUCAUCUUUCUGUUUAAUGGAGCUGAGGAGAACAUUCUUCAGGCAAGUCAUGGCUUUAUCACCCAGCACUCGUGGGCAAAGCAGAUCAGAGCGUUCGUGAACCUGGAGGCCGCCGGAGUCGGGGGGAAGGAGUUGGUGUUCCAGACAGGUCCGGAAAAUCCAUGGCUGGUUCAAGCAUACGUUCAUGCUGUUAAACACCCGUUCGCCUCAGUCGUGGGCCAGGAAGUUUUCCAAAGUGGCGUCAUUCCUUCGGACACAGACUUCCGCAUCUUUAGAGACUUUGGGGACAUUCCUGGAAUUGAUCUGGCGUUUAUUGAGAAUGGGUUUAUCUACCACACCAAGUAUGAUACUCCAGACCGCAUCCAUACAGACUCCAUUCAGAGAGCAGGUGACAACAUCCUGGCCCUCCUGAAGCACCUGCUGAACACUGAGACGCUGGCGGACCCAUCAGAAUAUCGCCAUGGCAGCAUGGUGUUUUUUGACGUCCUGGGCAUGGUGAUGGUGGCGUAUCCAGCACGAGUCGGCACCAUCAUCAACUACUUGGUUGUCAUAGCAACCCUCAUCUACCUGGCCAAGAAGUGCAUGCGAUCUAGAAAUGUAGGUGGCCGGUACACGUACGAGCUGGUGUACGGGUCGUGUGUGCUGUUGGUCAGCUGGUUUGUGGCUCUGCUGUCUGUUCUGAUUAUAGCACUGAUCGUCACAUUACUGGGUCGCUCCAUGUUCUGGUUCACUCACUUUCACACGUCCAUCUGUCUGUAUGGAUCUGCUGCUGCAGGAAAGUUACUGUUGGUCCACACACUUGCCAAAAACCUCUACUACAAGAAUAUGAGCAGGCUGGAUAUGGGCGAGCUGUUCUUUGACGUCAGUCUGCUGUUGUGGUGUUGUUCACUUGUUUUUCUCACACAGCGUGGUCUGUGCUCAGCGUACGCUCCCAUGCUCAUGGUCUUUUUUCCCCUCGUCACCAAGCUGCUGCUCUCUAGACACUUCACACAUAGAGGUGUGUCUCCAUUCUAUGUGAUUCUCUACCUGUUGGGUCUGUCUGUCCCCUACAUUCACCUGUUCUUCCUUAUCUGGAUCGUAUUUGAGAUUUUUACGCCCAUUAUGGGUCGCAGCGGCACCGAAAUCCCUCCUGAUGUGGUCUUGGCGUCACUUAUAACCAUAGCGACAGCUUUACUAUCCUCUUUCCUGAUUCACUUCCUGUACCUGGCCCGGAGCACUAAGCGUGUAUUGGCUGCUCUGGGGACAGUUUUUGCCGUGACCUUUCUCCUGGUUUCUUCUGGAAUUUUCUUUCCGUAUUCAGCCGAUCCAGCGACUCCACGACCCAAACGAGUCAUCGUACAGCACAUCUCCCGCACUUUUCAUGCUUUGGACGGCUCUUUAGACAGAACGGAUUCGGGUUUUUGGAUCAACAGCCUUGACUAUACAGGAAUGAAACACGUCACACCUUUUAUUCCUGAGAUCAACGACACUGUUCGCGUUCGCUGCAACAGAGAUUUACCUUUCUGCGGUUUCCCCUGGUACCUUCCCGCCAGAUUCCUUAUCAAGAAGAGCUGGUAUCUUCCAGCUCCCACAGUGUCUCCAACAUCUCCACUAGAAUUCAGACAAGUGUCCAAACAAAUAACGGAAUGGGGAUCCGUCAAGAUGAGCUUUGAAGUGAAAGGGCCGAGCCACAUGUCCCUGUAUAUUCUUCCCCACACCGGAUCUUCUCUCACAGCCUGGUCAUUCGGAGACGGGACCCCUCGGUUUGAUCUGGAAGGAGAAUAUUUUAUAUUUUACUCUCACGGUGUGGAUUCAGGACCCUGGAAGUUUUGGUUUGAAGUUCAGCCACCCUCAGACCGGUCGGACACAGAGGGCAUCGUCUCCAUUGCGAUUUCCGCCCACUAUGUAGAAGGGAAAAAUCAGCACACCCCUGAGCUUGACAUGCUGUUAGCGAAAUUUCCAGACUGGGCGUUCACGUCCACCUGGGUCAGCACGUAUCACAUGUACCUGUACUGAAGGAUUCACACGAACACAUGUUCCGCAUGGGCGGAAUAAUAAUCAAGGUGAAGCAAAUCCACACUGGGAUUAUGAAUAAAAGACUAAAUUACUGUCAGGGUUUUGUAUUAAGUGUAUGUUCCUGUUUUGUGUGUCCAAUCUGGUCCAUAUGUAGUCUUUCAUGUUUCUUUCAAUCUAAUUUUCUCUUUAGGUCGUGGUGUUUGUAUGAUUUAAUCUCCUUCUAUUUCUGAUGGCCUUUUGGGUCUUCCUCUUGUCUUUUCGCCAUCAGUGGUAUGAUAAGUGAACGUCAUUAUGGGCAUGAUGGCUUUAUAUCAGUAUACAAAUUAACAGUCAUUUUUAAAGGGAAAUCUUAUUGUGUGUAUCAACCAGUUUCGGGAGUCUAGUUCCACCACAUAGAAGCCUGGUGGGCUGUUAGGUCCAACGGUAGCAUGGGAGCCACACAGUACUAAGAUCCUGAUUUCAAACCUUGUUUCCGGUUAUGGUUUGAUUUUUUUCAUGUUUUUCCAUUGGGUUUUCUUUGGGUAUUUUGACUUUCUCCUACCUUCCAAAACAAUGGCGCGAAAUUGGCGCACAAUACCCCCUAGUUGUGAGUAAAUUCUGGCUUUGCCCAGCUAUGAUAAAAUAGGCAAAUAUGACUGUUCACCUUUAAUCGUUAAGGAGAAUAGAAUAACACCUACAAGACUAUUUCCCAUACUGUUUUUUUAUUUGGAUAUAAUAUUAUGCAUCCCAAGCCUAAAUAUACACCGGCCGCAGUAUAAAAAAUAUUGUGGUUUUAUUUAGGUUUUAUCUCUGCAUGCAGAUACUGUCCGUAUGGAGUUUUGCAUGUUUUCCCCUUUGGUUUUCUACACUGGUUUCCUCAAUCCCUGCAAAAUCAAACCCUUACAUGUAUUGCCUGCUCUUACAUUUCCUGUAGAUGAAAGUAAGUGUGAAUACGUGGACACAGUGUCACUUUAGUGCUGGGCAUCACUCACUCAGAGUAUGUUCUUACCAUACAUCCAGCACUUCAGCAAUGGGCUUCAAACCCUUCAUGACCCUGACCUGGAUAAAGCAGUUCAUGAAAAUAAAUGUAGGGAAUUCAGAAAUCAUAGAUUGACCGAUUGGUAAUAUAAUGGUACAUUAGUAGUGAGAGUCUGAAUGACGGUUUGUCCUCACCAGUAAUCACUUUACUGGAAUGAACGUUUAAGCUGCAGCAACUUUAAAUCAUGCUAUAAAUUACUUUGAUGAUGGUUAGACCUUUUAUAUUAAUCUGAACCACUGUACACUUUACAGAAACUAUAAAUGGCACUACCUAACACACAUAAUGCGUUACAAUAAUGACGGAGUGAAAACAGAACUCCAAAUAAAUGUAUCGAUUUUUAAAUUAAUAUAUAAUGUGUUAUAAUCAACAUGAUUAGAUUAUAUUAGAUUAGAUUACAGUAAUUUUUGGUUUGGGGUUUUGUCCAACUAAACUAAUGCUACUGACCAAUGAAGUAUAAUGUGAUUGCCCUUUUUGGUGGUGGUGCAGUGGAAUUAUAGACAAAUUAUGACCAAUUCAGUUCCUGUGGUAGUACUUACAUUUUGUGGGGAAAAAACUAAUAACAAUUCCACUAAAAAUCACAGAAAACCAAAUAUUCUGUUAAUCAUUCUGUUAAGAACACUGUCAGUAUUACAUCAUGUAUUUCACAAAGGGUUAAAAUAAAUAAAUAAUACAUACCACUUUUAGAAUGAAUUGAGGGAAAACAAGUAUUUCACCACUAUUGUUUUUAUUUUAUAUAACUGUAAUGUGUAUUCCAUUUUAAAUAUACAUGCAUCUCUUAUGUCUUUAAAAUUUGUAUGUAUACAUAUGACUGAAAUUUGUAUUUAUAAGCAUAAACACAGAUGGGUGAAAAAAAUAUUCUAUACUUUAUAUACUAUAUAAACAAUGGUUGUGUUUGAAAAGGUACCUGGUGUAAAUCGUUUACAAAUUAGGCCAUGAGGACCAGAAUGAUCCACUGUGGCAACCCCUAAAAAUACAGGAGCAGCCAAAAGAAAUAAUAAUAAUUAUUAUAUAUUAAGUUUACCUAAAAAUAAAUGUGAGUUAUAUAUUUUAUAUAGAAUAUCUAAUUAUAAUACAUGAAUAAAUGUUCUAGAUAUUAAGACUGCUUUAAAAAACUGCAACUUGUAGUUGUUUAGUUUAAUUGAAAAAGUUUGGGUUGCCAUUGGUUAAGAUUUUAUGCAACAGGUACACUAUAUGAACAAAAGUAUUGGGACACCCCUUCUAAUAUUUGAAUUCAUGUGUUUCAGCCUUAAUUGCUAACAGGUGUAAUAAAUCAUUUAUAUAAAGCAAAUUUCAUGCUUCCAACUUUGCAGCAACAGUUUAAGAAAGGCUCUUUUCUAUUCCAGUAAAGAGACCAGCUUAAACAAAAUGAAGUAUGGAGGAUGUUAUAGAUGUGCUUCUCUGCAAAUGCGAAAAAAAACAUCAGUGGAACAAAGUUCUAAUCAUUUUCUACUAUAAAUGCCUCAGAUCUGUAAUUACUAACAAUGGCUUUGUAACAAAGUAUUAAUGUUAUUUAAUUGUUCUGCCUAUAAUGCAGAACAAUUAAAGACGUCAUUCUUUAUGCUUAUAAAUACGUUUUUCUUUUGGUUUGUAACAAUUAGUACAAAGUCAGAUGUUUGAUCGCUUGUUCCACCUCACUGUAUUUCAGACAGCGUUUGUAAUGAACAACAGUGUUUCACUUUUUUCUGUUUGCUUCGACUCAUCAGUGAAGCCUGAUUCCUGAAGUCCAGCAAUCAGCGAUGUUUUGUUUUUGUGCCUAAAUGUAAGCUGUGUUAAUUAUGCAAACUCUUAAUGUACAUUGUUCAAAGCUGCAGGAUGUAACUUAUAUUCAACGGUUAGACCACUAAAAGCAACAGCAGAUUUAAGUCUAAAAUAUAUUCAUUAAAAACCACAGCUUGGAUUUGAAUGAAAUUGUUAAGUUAAAAUGUUCAUUUAUUGUUCUCACAGUUUAUUCAGUCUUAAGAUGUUUUGUAUGUUUUAAUGCUGUAUAUUAUUGUUUUGUCAGCCGUCUGCAAUAACACGUUUCUACCAGGCAGGUCAACGGAUAUUUAAAGCUACACACUGCAGCUUUGAGUGUAUUUAAAUGUGUAUUGAGGAUAAAGGGGUUGUUUGAUCACACGAUGCUGCAUUAAAGUAAUGAAAUGUG